AUGCAGGACCAAGUAGUUGAUGAAACCAUUGAUGGAAUUGAAGAUGAAGAGGAAUCGUUUUUCCAAGAUAUUGACAUGCUACAGAACCAUGGAAUUAACAUGGCAGACAUUAAGAAGUUAAAAAGUUCUGGAAUAUGCACCAUCAGGGGCAUUUUGAUGACUACACGUAAGAGAAUGUGUGACAUCAAGGGCAUUUCAGAAGCUAAAAUGGAAAAAAUCAAAGAAGCUGCAUCAAAACUUGAGGACCAUGGCUUUACAACGGCUUUAGAAUACAGUGUUAAGAGGAGAAAUGUCUUCAGAAUCACUACUGGCAGCUCUGAGCUAGACAAACUUCUUGGUGGUGGGAUUGAAAGCAUGGCUAUCACAGAGGCAUUCGGGGAGUUUCGUACCGGGAAGACUCAACUGUCUCAUACCCUGUGUGUAUGUACUCAGCUACCUGGAUCAAAUGGAUAUCCAGGUGGAAAGGUCAUCUUCAUUGAUACAGAAAACACAUUUCGACCUGAUCGAUUGAGGGACAUUGCCGAUCGCUUCAAUCUUGAUCAUAGUGCUAUGCUGGACAAUGUCCUCUAUGCAAGGGCCUAUACAAGUGAGCAUCAGUUUGAACUGUUGGACUAUGCUGCAGCCAAGUUUCAUGAAGAACCGGGUGUAUUCAAACUUCUGAUCAUUGAUUCCAUCAUGGCUUUGUUUAGAGUAGACUUCAGUGGAAGAGGGGAGCUGGCUGAUAGACAACAGAAACUUGCUCAAUUACUUUCAAAACUACAGAAGAUAUCUGAAGAGUACAAUGUUGCUGUGUUUGUAACAAACCAGAUGACAUCUGAUCCAGGAGCUACUAUGAGUUUCCAAGCUGACCCAAAGAAGCCAAUAGGAGGUCAUAUCUUAGCUCAUGCAUCUACAACACGCAUCAGCCUGAGAAAGGGACGAGGAGAGACAAGAAUUGCCAAGAUCUAUGACAGUCCCGACAUGCCAGAGAGUGAAGCUACAUUUGCUAUUUCUACCGGAGGGAUCAUUGAUGCCAAGGAAUAAUGCCAAACAUUUCAUUCUCCUUAUCCAUUUUCCUCAGAAUUGCUAUAGGCAUCUUGAAAAUCAGUAAUAUUUGUGAUAAAUUCUGAUAUUGAAAUUUCUAGUUGGUUGUUUAUAAUUAUUAUAUGGCCCUGUUGCAUCAAAGUAACUAUUAUUAAGGACCCUUGAUUUCAAUUACAUGUUGUGCACUGUUACAAGUGUAGUUUAACAUAAUGGUUAUCAUUAUUUAUAACUUUGCAGCAAUCCAUGGUUUGUGUCUCAAGAAAAAAGUUCAACAUUGGCCUCAGAAACUUAUUUCAAAAGUGAAAAAUUGUAUCAGACUAUUUUGAGGUGUAAAUGGCAUGUAUUUAAAGAAUUGUAUUUUCUAUAUCUUAACUUGAUUUAGAAAGGGAAAAAAUGCAGGGCUAUGUUCAUAAAAAUGGGGGAAAUUUUAGAUUAAUAUAAUAAUAAUUAAUUAUUAAUAU